AUGGGUUGCGGGAGUUCUUCGUCGGGCGCUGUGAUAACAACUCAGCAAUCGACUGUGGUAACACCACAAUACAGUGGAACUCAAACAGUAGUGCAAUAUCCCUCAUCUUACCCACGACAAGCAGUCUAUCCACAACAACGUGGACCACCACCAGCUUACUACAACCAGCGUUAUCCUGGUCAGCCCGUUGGAUAUGGAACCCCUGGGGUCAUUCAGCAACCUCAGACAGUUGUGGUCCAGGAUAGAGACAGAGGUGGAGACCUCUUGGUUGGAAUGGCAGCUGGAGCAGUAAUGGCAAAUGCUCUGCAUGGACCUCAUUACUAUGGGCACGGGUCACAUAUCCAUAUCCAUGAUCAUGACCACUUCCAUAGUGGUGGGGAUCACUUUCACGAGCACCAUCACUAUGGAGGCCCUGAGUAUCAUGAACAUUAUGGUGACAAUGGUGGGUUUGAUGGUGGUGGGGGGUUUGAUGAUGGUGGUGGAUUUGAUGGCGGAGGUUUUGAUGAUGGAGGAGGAUUUGAUUAA